CCGACAUUAGGUCAAUGGCAUCACGCAUAACUUGAACUACAAUGUUAACUACAACUUCAAACCAAUUGGUCCCUCUUCAACGAUGCACAACGUUGACGAGGAUAUGCAGACAUCGCCUCCUCCAGCAAAACGACAACGCACGAGCCACUGCAGAAAAUCUGAAUCAUUGAUUGAACAGUCGCAGUUUUGGUUUGCCGACGGGGACAUUGUGAUUGGUGUUGAAGGGCAAUCAUGGAAGAUUCACAGGAGCAAGCUCAUGUGUUCUGUAAUUUUUGCGGACAUGCUCGAACUUCCGCAGCCGGCCGAUAUCGAGAGAAUGGAUGGGUGUCCUUUGGUUAGUUUAUCACAAGAUUCCGCGAAUGACUGGCUAGUUGUCUUGACGUGGAUGUACCAACGCGAGAAGUUCAAUAACCAAACCGUUGUCUUUGAUACCAUAGCCGGGGCCCUACGACUAUCCAACAAAUAUGACAUCCCAGACUUCCGUCAAUGGAGCAUGCGUCAGCUAUUUCUGCGCUGGCCCCAAGACCUCACCAACAUGACCUAUGCCGCAUUCCCUCAUGCUGCUGAGGCCAUAUGCCUUGCACGAGAAUGCAAUGUUCCUGAGAUCCUCCCCGCCUCAUUCUAUGCGCUUUCGAUUCUCCGUUGGACCAGGUGGACACACCACAGCUAUUUGUGCUGGUUGCGAGAACACAUCUCGGACGUGGCUCAGCUCAUCGUUGAAGCCGGACACUUCCUCUCCGUAUGGAGUGUGGCUUCUUCGUAACUUGCAACUCUUUGCUGCGAACGGCUGUCCAGGCUUGAGUUUACAUCACAGCCGCUGUGAUGUGAACUUUCGUCUGCGAAUCAGCGGGUUCGUUCAAGACCUUCACGAAGCGAUUCCUAGAUAUUUCAUGCUACGAACAUGAAUUCACUAUUAUAAAACAGGCAUACUCGAAGUUUGUUGC